UUAUAGAUAGAGCGCAUCGUUCAUAAAGCGCUCUGUAAAACGAUCAUGACACAGCCUUUUAAUUUGCAAUUUAUCGAAUAGAUACUUAACACGAACACUUAGAGAUUUAGACCCGUAGAACAAUGUUUUAGAACGCUUAAACUGCUUCAAAUGAAGCGGUGGGUGAGUCUAGUGUGUUCACUCUGGGUUGUGUUGAUUCCGCGCAUGCGCAAAGCGGCGCAGCGUUAUGUAAAGCGUCUCUGUUUUGACCCGGUUCUCUGGACUUUGGUGGACUUCGCUGUUCUGCAGUGGUUCUGCUAGAUGAUUUUAAUAAACUCUGAGAUGAUUUAAUCAUCUGGACUCUUAUAAACUCAUUCCCCGCUUCAGUAACCUCUCAGUGACUGCAGGGUUUAUAGUGUCUGGUCAUCGGCUGAGCAUCAUGUCCGUCAGCUCCAUCCACUGGUUCAGGAAGGGUCUGCGUCUUCAUGAUAACCCGGCUCUGCUGGAGGCCGCCCGGGGCUCACACACCCUGCGCUGCGUCUACUUCCUGGACCCCUGGUUCGCCGGGGCCUCCAACCGCGGCGUCAACCGCUGGAGGUUUCUGCUGCAGUGUCUGGAGGAUCUGGACUCCAGUCUUCGUAAACUCAACUCGUGUCUGUUCGUGAUCCGCGGUCAGCCGGCUAACAUCUUCCCGCGCCUCUUCAAGGAGUGGAAGGUGACUCGGCUGACGUUCGAGAGUGACUCGGAGCCGUUUGGGAAGGAGCGAGAUGCGGCGAUAAAGAAACUGGCGUCUGAAGCCGGAGUGGAGGUGAUCACCAAGAUCUCGCACACGCUGUACGAUCUGGACCGGAUCACGGAGCUGAACGGUGGCCAGCCGCCGCUGACGUACAAACGCUUCCAGACGCUGGUGAGCAGCAUGGAGCCGCCCGAACCUCCUCUGGAGCCGCUGACCCGAGAGCUGCUGGGAGACUGUGUGACGCCCAUCAGCUCCAACCACAGGGAGAGAUACGGGGUGCCCCUGCUGGACGAGCUGGGGUUCGACACUGAGUCUUUGGCUCCUGCGGUUUGGCCUGGAGGAGAAUCGGAGGCACUGAUGCGUCUGGAGCGACAGCUCGGACCCGACUCUACCGCGGCGUGGCAGGAGAACUUCGAGCGUCCGAAGAUGAGCUCCAGUCCUCUGAUGGCCAGUCCGCUGGGCUUGAGCCCGUACCUGCGCUUCGGCUGUCUGUCCUGCCGUCUCUUCUACUACAAACUCACUGAACUCCACAACAAGGUGAAGACGAACACAAGCCCGUCGAUCUCUCUCCACGACAAGCUCUUAUGGAGGGAGUUCUUCUAUACGGCGGCCAGCAACAACCCGCGCUUCGACCGCAUGGAGGGAAACCCCAUCUGCAUCCGCAUCCCGUGGGACAGGAACCCCGAGGCGUUGGCCAAGUGGGCCGAGGCCAAGACGGGCUUCCCGUGGAUCGACGCCAUCAUGACCCAGCUGCGGCAGGAGGGCUGGAUCCAUCAUCUGGCGCGGCACGCCGUGGCCUGCUUCCUGACGCGAGGAGAUCUCUGGAUCAGCUGGGAGGAGGGCAUGAAGGUGUUCGAGGAGCUGCUCCUGGACGCUGACUGGAGUGUGAACGCCGGGAGCUGGCUCUGUCACUCCUGCAGCUCCUUCUUCCAGCAGUUCUUCCACUGCUACUGUCCCGUGGGAUUCGGACGCAGGAUCGACCCCAACGGAGACUUCAUCAGAUGUUACUUACCUGUCCUCCGAGAUUUUCCAGCCAAGUUCAUCUAUGACCCCUGGAACGCACCGGAGGAGGUGCAGCGCGCAGCCAAAUGUGUGAUCGGCGUGGAUUACCCCAAACCCAUGGUGAACCACGCCGAGGCCAGCCGUCUGAACAUCGAGAGGAUGCGGCAGAUCUACCAGCAGCUCUCCAGAUACCGCGGACUCAGUCUUCUCGCAGCUGUUCCAUCCAACCACAUGGAGGUCAUCGGUGUCCGUGAAGCCCAAGGAGCAGCGGCGCCACCUACACGCCGGAGGACCGCGAGCGCCACUUCGUCUCAUCCAGGGGUCAGGAGAGAGCAGCCCGGACCGAGCGGAGUGAAACAUCGCGGCGCAAAACACCGAUACACCCUCAGCCACCGUACAUCGCCCUACACCCCCCAGAGCGACCUGUCGGAGCACGACCACGAGUUUGCCGUUCCACAACAACCAGGGCGUCUGAUUUGGCCGGUUGGGGGCGGGACUGGAAAGAGAGAAAGGGAGGCGGAACACAGCGGAUGCCAUGGUGAUGGAGGCCCCUCCCCCUCCUCGUCAGCGUUGAAAGCCCAAGAUGACGAGAAGCGGCGGGAGGAUGGGGAGGGUGUGGCUUUCUCUUCCUAAGCCCCACCCACCGAUGGAUUCGCAAAAUGACCUCGCGUGUAAACACUAACAUUCAAAGUCAUUCAGAACAAUUAAACAGUGUCCAAUCAAAUUGUGGCGUAAAUGUAAUUUUAAAGUUUUUUUAGUUUGUUCUAAAAUACACUAUUACAUAAUGUGAUUAUCUUAAAUAUAGAUUUUUACAAUUAGAUGUAAAUACUGUUUUCAUUAACUUUUAAAGUGAAGGUCCUUUCACGCCAAACGAUAUAAACGAACAAGUUUGACGAAUAUUCGUCAGGUUGAACAAAAGCUAAAUUUUUUAAUAACUCCAGAUUUAUAUUUGCACACUGAGUUAACGAAAACGUCAACCAGAACUCGUUUAAAUGGUCAGCAUAUUUCCGUCACACAAAGUUGACUCUACUUUAUUUAUAUUGAAAUUUGUGAAAUUAAGUUUGGCGUAAACGGACCUUAAUAUAGAAAAAACCAAGUAGUCACAAACAGCCAAAGAAGAACACACUUUACGCCACAUAUAAACCGAUCCAGAUUCACUCAGUAUUACGGACGAUCGAACGGGUUUCCGCAGCGCUGCUCUGAACCAGACUCACCUGUACAUACCUGCAUCUGUUUCCACGAGUCACAUGACCGCUGGAAUGUGUUUGGGUCCAAACUACUGUAACUGUACCACAGAUGGAUGAUUGUCUCGUCUGUAUAAAUGACUGUAUUUCGCUCCAUGUUUCAGUGUUUUUGCACAGAUAGCGUAGAAUGUUCUCCAGAUGUUCGACAUCUCCAUCUCUGUACAUUACUUCCACCUUUCAUUGUCAUCCAUCUCCAGUGUUUUGUAUAUGAGAGCUGUAUCUUAUGAAGCUGUAUAUUUAUAACGCCUGUGUUUUUGUUUUUCUACAAAAUAUUAGUAGCUGUUUUGAAUUGUAAAGAUUCUUAAAUCUGUGUGGUACUCAGCCAGCUAAUAAAAAAUAUUCAAACACAA